CUGCAGAUUCUUCAUCUAAAACAUCUCAGUGUUACAAAGUGAGUUAAAUAGUUUAUCUGUUCAUUUUAACUGAAGUUAUGUAACUGUGCUUCUUUCUGCGGUUUUCUGUCAGUCUCUAGAAAGUGACAAGAGCAAAAUGACAGGAUACAUUGCAACCAGGAAAUAUGAUCAAUAUUUUCAGAUCAGCAGCAGAGAAAAGUCUCUCAGUUCAGUGACUGAUAGACGGACAGGAGAUGUUGGUUCUGGUUCUGGUUCUGGUCGUUGUGCUUCAGUUUGAAGGAACCAGAGGAGGAGAAAUUCAUCUCUAUCACAGAGAAGGAGAAAAUGUUGUUCUACCUUGUAACAUUCCUGCAUCGUCUUACCGAUGCUCCAAUGUUAACUGGUUUUACAACAAGGGUAAAAAUACAAAUACUCAGCAGAAGGUUUUCAAAGGAAGAGUUAUUCAAAGUUCACCUCAAUAUGAGAAGUUUAAUGUGAGCAGCAGCUGCUCUCUGAUCAUCAACACCAUCACUGCUGAUGAUGCUGGAAGAUACGUCUAUAGAUCUGGUUCAGGAUCCUCCUUAGAUCAUUUUGUCUGAGUGUUUUAACCAAAGCUACACCUGGUCUGGUUUAGCUGUGAUACCUUCCUGCAGGAGGGCAUCCACUGGGAUGAUGCUGCCAUCAACUAAUUGUUCUCCUUCUCCUGCUGUUAACAUUCCUGGAAUCCACAGCUGUAAAAUAUGGCAGUGAAGAUCAACUUCAAGGUUCUUUCAUGUACACAAGUGAUGCUUGUCCAGAGAACAGUUUCUACUGGUUGGAAAACUGUGUGUGCGUACACAUUCAUUGUAUGAAAUAAUUUGGGUUAUAAUUAAUUAUAUUUGUGUACAAUUAAUAUAACCUAAAGAUUAUAUUGUAUAUUUACACACAUUUAAAGACUCUAAGCUUUAAAACUGUUGAUGGACUCUGGUGCAGACAGCUGUUAUUUCUUCUUCUACUGGUCUGACUGGUUGUAGCAUCAGGUCACAUUUAAUGUCAACAGAAGAGGAGGCUUAUAGAUGGCCAACUGGGCAGCAGAGCAUUCUGGGAUUUGUAGUAUAAGCAGUGAAUGGAAAAGUAAAUAUUCACCACUAAUAAUAGAGAAAGAGUAUAAAAUACUUUUAUUCUAAAGUAUUUAUAUUUUCUGCUGUAAGGAUCCAGUUGGACCUGUUUGGAUUCUGUUCUGACUCGGUUUAUCUGCUCUGUCUCAGAGCUGCUGGUGUUAGUGGACUGACUGCAGCCCAUUAAUAUGCAUCACAGUUUAUCUCUGGCUGCUCAGGCAGGAAAUUAGAACAAGUUGCACAAAAAAUAUGCUGUUAAACAGCAGGAAAUAAAACUUUGUUUUUAUUUUCUCCACCAGCAAAUCCUUCGGCUAAAACAUUUAGUUCAUUUGAGUGUUGCAGAGUGACAGAAUUAAAUGUAGUUUAAAUGUUCAUUUCUAACUAAAGUUUUGCUGGUUGCUUGUUUUGAUGGUUUUCUGUCAGUUUCUGGAAAUGAUCAAGUUGAUAAGAGGAAAAUGACAGAAUAGGUAGGGACGUGAAUUUGAUUUCAAUCAUUAUUUCAGCCACAAACAGGAAACAUCAUCAGUAUUUUCAGAUCAGCAGCAGAGAAAAGUCUCUCAGUUCAGCGGCUGAUAGACGGACAGAAGAUGUUGGUUCUGGUUCUGGUUCUGGUCGUUGUGCUUCAGUUUGAAGGAACCAGAGAAGAAGAACUGCAUCUGUAUCACAGUUACAGGCAUAAUGUUGUUCUACCUUGUAACAGUCCUUCAUCGCUUUCCUCAUGCUCUGAUGUUACCUGGUUUUAUAACAAAGAUAAAAAUACUCAGCAGACGGUUUGGAACGGAGCAGAUUAUCAGAUUUCACAUCGAGCUUACAAGUUUAAUUUGAGCAGCAGCUGCUCUCUGAUCAUCAACUACAUUGAUAAUGAUGAUGCUGGACUCUACACCUGUAGACCUGGUUCUAAUGCCUCCUCAGAUGGUUUUGUCUAUCUGAAUGUUUUAACCAUUUAUGAACAACAUGUCUCUUCAGUAAAGGAUGAGUUCACAGUAAAGUGUUCCCUGGAGAGAUACAGUGGGUUGGAUGUUUGUCCAGAGAACAGUUUCCGCUGGCUGGAUGAAACAGGAACUGAACUGACUGAAGGUAUUUGGUUCGACGUAAGAGGACCGAGACUCUGUGUUUCCUCUCUAACUGUGAAGGAUGAGAGCGACAGAGGCUACACCUGCCAGUUUGUUGAAGGAAACAGUAUGAAAAUUGAAGUAAACUACACACCACUUAGCUUUAAAGAAAACAGAGAAAGAGACCAGAUCUACCACAGAGCAGGAGAUGAAGCUGUUCUGCCCUGUAACAGAUCUUCGUCAUUCAACUCAUGCUCCUCUGUUGACUGGCUUUAUGAGAGAAAUGAAGACAUGAACAAGGAACAGGAAGUUCAGAGAGGAAUCGUUCAGAGUUCAUCUCGUUCUGCCAGGCUCAGUUUGGACAGAAACUGUUCUCUGAUCAUCAACAACAUCAAUGCCGAGGAUGCUGGACUUUACACCUGUCAGCCUGAAGAUGGAAGCAGUUAUGAAACAGAAGUGUAUCUAAAUCUGCUGAUCAUCUCUUCAUAUUUACCAGCUUUUAAUCCAACAAAGAAUGAAGUGAUCACAUUAUUCUGUUAUAUGGUGAGAUCCUGGUGGUUCAGUUCUUGUCCAGUUAAAAGUCUCCUCUGGGUGGACGAGACAGGAAGGGAACUGACUGGUGAAGGUGAUGGAUAUAAAUCUGGAGGACAGAUUGGUUGUGUUUCUCAUCUGACUGUGAAUCUUCAGAGCAGCAGAAGAUUCACCUGCCAGUUUGUUGAAGGAAAUGAAGUGAAGAUAGAAGCUCAGUAUGGAUCUGAAGGUUGUUGCUCCGUCUCCUCCUCAGGCCCCCCCGCCUCGUCUCCUCUGAGCUUCAUCAUGUUGACUCUGAAGAUCACAGGACUGAUCCUGAUGGUUGGAAUCACUGUUGGUAUCAUCAGAACCAGAGGGAGAAAAAAGCCUCAGAAAGACAUUAAUGUUCGUUUUGCUGUUGAUGACGACACAGUGAGCUUUGAAAAUGAUGGAGAACGUUCUGCUGCCGCCGCGCUCCACUGAGCUUCAUCACAGCCAUGAAGAUUCAUUAAAAAAGCUUGAUUUUAACUGUAAACCAGUCCAAUUUUGCAUUGAGCUAACUGCAUAUCUAAUUUUAAUUGUGUUAAAUUCAGUGUUAAUUAAAAACACCGUAGAUAAGAUAAAAGCUGAUUGUUUAGUCUAGAAUAGUUUGGGAUAAGAUGCUUUAAAUGUGUUGUUUGCUUCCUGUUUGGUGUAAAUAAAAGAUCUGUCACAUAUUU